GACUUGAGAGAGAACAAAACGAGGAGGGAGCGACGGUGAUCUGAGAUCAAAGCCGAAGGGAAGAUUUUCGAGGAUGAUCGGACGGCGUGCUGGAACGAUUCGGGUCGGCAUGAGGAGGGACGACUCCAUCCUGACUCGGUUCGUCGACUCAGUGUUUUCUCUAUUCCGAUUAGCUGAGUUUGAGAUCCUGUUUGUGCUAUUCUUCGUUAUAGCCUACGUCAUCUUCAAAGAUCUGACGGCGAGGCCGGAGUACAAUCGGAUUCUUGUUGAGAAGCCCCGCGGAUAUGACAUAUGGCCGUUCUAGCUGAAAAAAAUAAAUAAAGAAUUUGUAUUGAAUGGUUAGUACAACUCGUACAUGGUUUGUGUAGAACGCAUUUGCUUGUACACGGCAAUGAACUGCUUAGCUUUCUUCAAUUGCUCAAUGUGAUUCUCCUUUCAUA